GCUUGAGCUCUUCAUUGAGAGCCCAGCAGCUGCACACAGAUGAAGCAGAACGAUGCAGAUCUGUGAUGAUAAACUCCUCAUAUUUCAGCUGCUGCUCCUCGUGUCAGUUAUGGCAUGUGAGACGAGUGAGAUAUUGACUUUCACUGCACAUGAAGGAGGAAAAGUUGAGAUACAGUGUCCAUAUGAGGCUAAAUAUGAAGAAUAUAAGAAGUAUCUCUGCAGAGGAGAAUGUCCAAUAGUGAUUAAAGACAAGCUUAUUGAAUCUGAAUCAGCAGCAAAAGACAAGAGAUUCUCUCUGAGUGACAAUAAAACAACCCACAUCUUCACCGUCGCCAUCACUGAUCUGAGAACAGAGGAUCGAGGUCAAUACUGGUGUGGAGUAAAGACUGGAUUUGGAUCUUAUGAUUAUAAGAGAGAGAUUUACCUGGAAAUUAAACAUGAGACAACAACAGCUUCAUUUCACACCAGCUCACCAGUGGCAGAAGACACUGAGUCUGACCGAACCGUCACAUCUUCAUCAUCAUCUUCAUCAUCAUCAUCAUCAGUGUUAAUGCUUUUCUCAUCGACUGCUAAUGGGAUGUCACCAAAACCACAGCCAGGUUUUGCACCAAUCAUCAUGGUGGUGGUCCUAGGGAUACUGACAGGGUUAGGAUUCUCAAUGUUCAUUUAUUUAAGACGGAGGCAAAAGGAAGAAGGAACGCAGCCCAAAGAUGUCGUUCAUGGCCCGACUAACAAUCUGCCCAGUGGAGAUACGGGAGAAACUAGCGAAGCCACACAUACAGUCUAUGAUUAUGGAGACAUCAUUAGCACUAUAGAUCAUCCUGACUAUAGUCUGGUCCUUCCAGCAUUUGCUAAAAGUGACGCCUCUGUUUAUGCUUUAGCACAAUUACCCAGCAUCCCCUCUGAUAUUCUCUACUCCAGCAUCAAAUUUACAGCAGCACAUCCUUCAGACAGGGCUUCUGACGGCCAGGAGACAUGCAACUACGCAUCUAUUGCAACUGUUCCCGAGAUCCUGAACGGUGACGAGCGCGUUGGAGCUGUUGUGCUGCACGCGGGAACGAACGACAUCAGGCUGCGGCAGAUAGAGGUUCUGAAGAAGGACUACAGGAGCCUGAUUGAGACAACGAUCAUCGUGUAUGGACCGCUUCCCACGUACCGACUAGGACAAGAAAGACUAUGUCAGCUCCAGUUUGUAUCCAGCCUAUCAUGGAAACUUCAGAUGCCCCAACACCUGUGA